AUGGACCACAUGAAACUUAUCGGGACAUUGCAAGAUAUAAAGGAUGAAGGACGAACCGUUUGUUACAUCCUCCACCAUCCCGUCUUUAAAGAGACCAGUUCAACGACAAAGGUCAGGGUGGCAUUCGAUGGUUCCGCAAAGACAAGUACUGAUUCAUCGCUCAAUGAUUCGCUCCUCACAGGUCCGGUCAUCCAAGACGAUUUGUUGGACCUCAUGAUCCGAUUUCGCAAUCACACCGUAGCAUUGGUGGCGGAUGUGGCUAAAAUGUAUCGUCAAGUGCGUAUUCAUCCGGACGAUACACCCCUGCAACGUAUUUUGUGGCGGUCUUCGCAAAUCAGUCCAAAUCAAAUUUUCGAGCUGCAAACCAUUACGUACGGCUUAUCUUCGUCGUCGUUUAUUGAAACGCGUGUACUAAAACAGCUCGCAUCUGAUGUUGGUGGCAAAUAUGAGCACGCUGGCACAGUGGUGUCGAAUGACUUUUAUAUGGAUGAUUUUCUCUCAGGAGCAGAUACGGUAGAAGAGGCAAAAAGGUUGAGAAAUGAUGUACAGUCUCUCAUGGCAGAGGGAGAAUUUGAACUGCGGAAGUGGAGCUCUAAUUCAUCAGAAGUGUUGAGUGGCUUGUCUCCUGAUGCACUUGAGGGACAAUCGACGCUAUAUUUUGAGGCUGAGCAGAAGGUGAAGACGCUAGGAGUGGCAUGGGAGACGGGAACGGACUGUUUACGCGUCGACAUACCUACACUAAGGGAAGAAGAGCAUUGGACGAAGAGACGAAUCUUUUCAACGAUCGCUCAACUGUACGACCCUCUUGGAUUAGUUUCUCCGGUCGUGGCAUGGGCGAAAAUACAGAUGCAACAUCUUUGGUUGGUGUCUGUUGACUGGGACGACAAGAUCCCAUACGAGAUUUGUGGAAACUGGAAGGAUUUCUAUGAGCAGCUUCCACUGUUGCAAAGCUUCAAGGUUCCACGUUGCGUUUUGGUCCGACAAUCAUCAAAUUCCCACUUUCAUGUAUUCUGCGACGCGCGAUCUAUCAAUGGGGAAGGUGAACACAUCGUGCAGCUAAUCACUUCAAAAUCACGGGUUGCACUUUGGAAGACUGGCCAAAUCAACCACAUCAGCUUCCACCCCACGAAGAUGUUCUCGAGCGAUGAAAAACGGUUUUGGUAUUACAAGUAUGGUCCGAACUGA